CAGAUUUGGGCAACAACUCAAAAGUCGGUUCAAAAAUAGAAUAAGUUUGAGCGCAAGUUAUUAUUCGCAGCAGAGUGUACGCUAACAGAUUAAUUAUUAUUCUCGAAGGAAUUAUUAUCAUUUUAUUCAUAUUUUAUAAAGGAGCAGCGUUAUUUUUUUGUAAUUUGCCGUGAGUUUUAAUUUGAAAUAUUUGCUGAUCUCAGAAUGUCAAGGAGAUUUAGUGAUUGGGACUUGGAAUGUAAAGUAUACAUUGGAAGUAUUAGUAGCAGGACUACAAAAGAUGAUAUUGAAUCACUUUUUUCAAGAUAUGGGCCACUUCGAAAUGUUUGGAUUGCUCGCAAUCCACCAGGAUUUGCCUUUGUCGAAUUCGAAGACCGUCGUGAUGCUGAAGAGGCUGUUGCUGAACUUGAUGGAACGCGCUUAUGUGGACAAAGAAUUCGAGUUGAGAUGUCACAUGGCAAAACUAGAAGGGACAGAAGAAGUGAUAGUCGUCGCUCACCAGCCCGGCAUUCUCAUCAAUUACUUCGCAAGGCAGCCAGCCUCAUUCGCAAAUUUCAGUGCUGCGUGCUUCCCAGCGACAAUUUAAUCAAAAUAUGGCUGCUUAGGACCACCCACUCUUCGAAACAUCGCAACGAAGACAUCACAUCUAUCAACUGCAAUUACAUAAACAGAUAACUGCGGCUCAUCCACUUUCCUUCCUGAAAGAACAAGCUUACUAGCAUAGCUCUCCAUCAGGAAUCCGCGUGUUCCACCUCUGAAAAUUAUAUCCGGCGGCUGCCACCACAGCUUUCUCAUACUCCCUCCUACCAUAUUCCUCAUCUAUAACACCCCGAUCAACAUGCUUCAAUAAAGGUUAUUCACUUUAUUUCCUUGCUUCCUUUUCGCCAUCGUUACUUUAUGGUAGUUGUACUUUAUUAAAGUUAGUGGUCAACUGCAUUCAGUGUACAAAGGAUUAAAACUUAUCCACAGCCUUUAUAAUUUUUUCCCCCAUUCUUAUCCUGUUUUGUUUUCUUUAAUUUUGUAGUAGUGUUAAUACAUAGAUACUGAAUGAAUUAUAAUGGAAAACUUUCAAAAAUUUUGCAAGAAUGUUCAAAUUAUAUUAAUGUUGCUUUUUUUAAUGUUUAAAAAAAAUGUUAAAUGUGUUCACU